UCAAUCCGACAAGUAAAACCAAAUAAACCAAUCCUCCCAAGAUGUUCAAGUUCUUCGCCGUCGCCCUCUUCGCCCUGAUUGCCUGCGUGGCUGGCAAGCCCGGAAUCGUGGCUCCUCUGGCCUACUCCGCCCCCUACGUGGCCUCUCCGUACGUGGCGUCUCCGUAUGUGGCAUCUCCCUACGUGGCGUCUCCGUACUCCGCUGCCUAUGCCCCCUACACUGCCGCCUACACCGCCUCGUACGCCGCUCCCUACACCGCCGCCUACGCUUCCCCGUACGCCGCCGCCUACACCGCUCCCCUCCUCCUGAAGAAGUAGAUUCCCGAGGGAACCGUCAACAUCCCAGGAAACCAGAUGGACACUCGCAAUGAAAUUUGAAUAAAACUCGCAAACAAACGAA